CCUCUCCAAAUAUCUUUAUUCUUUUCAGCAUUGCUCUUGGAAACGUGUAAGUUCUAUUCCGACCAAAACCGUCAUGUGAAAAACAGCUUCCUUUUGUAUGAUGUCUUUCAGAGUGAAGGCUUUAAUCUUCGACGUGACGUGUAUAUACUUGCAACGUAUGCAAAGUUAGUGGUCAAUGUACGGAGUAUACAAUAUAACCAUGCAUGCACACCGCUUCAAGCAUUCUGGCCUGAAAUGACAACAAGAACGCCACUCUCUCCAACCAACCGGUUGUGGAAUCUUUCAGAACCCAACCAGGAAGGCAAGAAACACUUACUCUAUCUGAUAGCUUUUUACAUCUCUUCAUGCCUCGUCUCCACGUCAUCUAUUGAUCUCCACAUGGUUUUAUCCAGCCCGGAGCGGCUGCAGCAAAUAAAAAGCGGUGCGGCAGAUGACAUCUGCGCAUACACAAUACGUGCUCUAACCAGCAAAGCCAAAUAA